AUGACGCCCGCCGCUAACCUUGUUACGUCCCGCACGCAGCGCCGGGGCUUCGCCGCCACUCAGGGCGGAGGAAAAGGAGGAGCAGGAGGCGGCGGCGACCGCGUUCCCGCCGAACGAGGGCAACGCUCGUGCUCGCCGUGUGUUGCUGUACGUGUUCUGAUCUAUUGCCUCCGUCCAGAGCCUCCCGUGCGCCCCCCGCCGCUGCCGCCCCUGCGCUUCGGAGCAGAUACCGAGGUUCCAGAGCUUCAUAAGGCAGCUCCUUCAAAUGUGGCCCGAGUCCUCAGCGCCCCUGCUCGAGCAAACAGUCCGAACACGUCCCGACCCGACACUGGCUAUAACGCCGCCGCCGCCGCCGCCGCCGCUGCAGCCGUGGCGGACGCGUGCUCUCUGGAGAGCACUCGAAGGUCGAGCGCUCCAGAUGGCGUGGGCGGGGCGGGGCGGGGCGGGGCGCGUGGCGCGGCGCCGCUCCCGGCUGACUCACCGCGCCGUUCGCACCGCGUCCCGGACGCGGCUUCACGGAUUCCGCGGGCGCCUUCUGCGAUGCCGCCCCGCCGCGUACUAGGCUUCGGACGGGGUGGGGAGAAACGGGGAGGGGAGGGAGGGAGAAGGGAGCUUACGCACGGCACAAAUAAUUGCGACGCCGUCGCCGCCCCGAAAUACCGGGCUGGAGAGAGCGGUGGGAGCGACAGCGCGGCGGCAACGGUGGCGGCGGUGGCGCCGGGACGCACGCGCGCCCGCGCGCUCAGUGCGACGCGACCCGGCGCCGACGACGCCGCCACCGCUGACGCCUCCUCCGCUCGCGACGCUUCCGCGCCGAUCGCCGCCAUGGCGGGCAACGUCGCCACCGCCCCCGCCCCGCGCUGGGACUCGCUCAUCCCGGACAUGGCAGAGCUCAGCCUGGCAGUAAUUAACGGCCAACCAAUCAGAGAAGGAGAAGCCUUUCGCGUUCGCCGGCGCGUCUCCGCGUUACGAGCUCUCGCCCUAACGACAGCGCGCGCGGAGUGGGUCUCACGGGCGCGUCGGCCGCGACGACAGUCGACGACGCGCACCUCGGCGGCGCCGCGGGCGUCUCCGCGGCUGCUCCACAUUCGAAGUCGGACGGCGGCCGGGCGGCCGUCGGGGCGUUGCGGCUCUUCGCACAGGAACCGGCACUCGUCCGCUGUGCCCCCUGAAAACAUUCCAAAAAAUCUCUGCUCAAAUUCACCUUUCGUUUUGCUAUCUGGCAUUCCGAUCUUUUUAGACCCUCCUAUCCACGUGCUUCGUCUGCCUUACGUAACAACCCCCCACUCCCUGUGUGGACCCACUGUUCGCCGUGACGUCUCGCGCGGGGGCGACGUCGUCGUCAGCUGUGUUUACGCAGCUUAUCUGCGGCCACAGCGCUGUCGCGUCGCGGCUGGGGCGGGGAGGCCUCCGGGCCAGGGCACGGCAGAGCACGGGCACGCGUCGAGAGGCGGCCGGCCGGGGCACGCGUUGGUCGCGGGAGGCCGAGCGGCACGCAAGGCGGCGCGAGAGGCCCGGUCGGAAGUCGUAAUAGCGCGUUUCCGCCUGGUUUCUCCGCGCCCCGCCGCCCCGCUUCGCUCCGCCACUGCGCCGUCCACCGCCGCCAUCGCCACCUGGAUGUGCGGUAUGUAA